UCACUGGUCGAUUUGGCUUAAUUGGAUCUGAAAGUCUUCCUGGGAUGGAGACUCCUCUUGAGAAGGCCCUGACAACCAUGGUCACCACUUUCCACAAAUAUUCUGGGAAGGAGGGCAGCAAAUUGACCUUGAGCAGGAGAGAAUUGAAGGAGCUGAUCAAGAAGGAGCUCUGCUUGGGGGAGAAAAUGCAGGAGAGUGGCAUCGAUGAACUGAUGAAAAGCCUGGACCGGAACAGUGACCAGGAGAUUGAUUUCAAAGAAUAUUCUGUGUUCCUGACCACACUGUGUAUGGCCUACAAUGACUUCUUCUUGGAAGAAAAUAAAUAAGUGAAUGAUAGGCCACUGUCCUGGGGGCUAACCUUCCCAGUACAAUCUCCUUCCCUUAGCCAGGGCCUUUGCUCCCAUCCCAUUUUCCCCAAUUCCCAAUAAUGGGACUAAUAAACCCUCCAGGUCUAUUUUACCCAGAGCUAGUAGACCUUUGCCCUUUUCCUAGGAGAUAGGUACACUUUAAUCUUCCUUGGCCUACUCUCUCUCUCUGUCUCUCUCCCUUCCUUCCUCCCUUCCUCCUUUCUUUCUUCCCUGUGAUCUCAUGGGUAUAUACCAAAUGCUGUUCAGCAACUCACCUGUAAUUUAGAGUUUAAGGAGUUAUCUAGAGCCCUGAGAGGUUAUAACUUGCCCACAGAGUUGGCUAGCAUGGUAAAGGCAGGAUUUGAACCCAGGUUUUCCUAACUCCAAAGCCAGCCCUCUCUAUCCACUAGACCAUAUUACCUCUCUUGCUCUCAUUCUUUUUGAAAAUAUUUAUUGAUGCUUUUUUCCCCAUCCACUAUCACUUCCCAAUGACUUUCCCUCUCCUUCCGUAUAUAAUCCUCUCUAGUAAAUGUAUAAAUUAUUUAUUUAGAAUUUUAUUUCCCCCCAAUUAUAUGUAAUCUUCCUUAUUAAAAGAAAAGAAACAUAGUUAAGGAAGCAAAACAAUGCAUUGGCAGGGACUGACAACGUAUGUCUUAUUCUAGUAAUCAAUCAAUCAAUCAAUCAAUAAUCAUUUAUGAAGUGCCUACUGUGUUUCUGACCCUCUACACCUGUAGUCAGAGGAGUCUGUUGUACAAGGAAGGGAGGUGUUUUUCAUUGUCAGUCUUCCAGAACCAAGAUUACUUCACCCUCAUCCUCCAAACCUCCUUUCCAAUUCA